AUUUAUCUGUCGUAUUUAGUUCGCUAGCAACCUUCGUGCGGUGCGUCCGAUUUAUUUUUUGGUGAAGUAUUUUCUAUUAUUUUAAUUGGAACUUCUUAAAAAAAAUUGCGGCUUUUGUUGUUUAAUUGAAAGUAAUUUCUUGUGCACAGAAUACUACAAUAUCAGCUGGCUCAAAGCCUCAUAGUGCGAUUGUGUAAGUGCUCUACUGAAAAGAUAUAUAGAGAAAAAGCUCCACCAGUUAAGCAAACACUUUCUACGUAUCCAAAACUUUCACUUCAAGCAAUUUUUUUUUGCUGCACCCAAUUGGAAAUUUGUACCGCUAGAAUUAACUUAUCGGCCACUAUACAGAGGGAAAAAGUUUCAACUCUCCACCAUGUAUCCAUUCGGUUCCGGCAUGCCACAGCCCAAUUCCAAUUCACCAUACCAUAAUAAUCACAACAAUCCAAAUCCUGGUGCGCCAGUUGGCGUACCCUUUGGUGCUGGCUGGAUAGCGCCAACACAACACGCCACCAACUCCCCUCAUCACAUGCAACAUCAAAAUAGCUUGCAUUACCAACCAUUACCCACUCAGCAUCAGACACCAUAUCCGACAAGCAACAAUCCUACUCAACACCAACCAGCUCCCUAUCCGCCAAUAAGCUCAGCCCACAAUACACCCUAUCCAGGUUCUUCAUAUCCACACAAUCCCCAACACGCACAGGCUCCGUACCCAUCUGCUUCGGGCACACCAACGCAUGGCACGAGCGGUAGUGUAGGGUUUCAUGCGACCUAUCCAUCACACUCGCCCCAUUACACACCACCGGCCACACAUCCGUCGUAUGCGCCGACACAUGGAUAUACGCCGGUACCGACGUCGAGCGGUUAUGAGUCGCCAGCAGGAAAUAUGGCACAUUGCUUCCAAGAAUUAGCCCACCUGCAGGGUAAUGUGCUGCACCAUCAUCAACCGUUUGCACGAAGAGAGGGCACUCCAACGGUAUUUCCAGCGCAGAAUUUCGAUCCAGUCAAGGAUGCUCAUGACUUACGAAAAGCCAUGAAGGGUUUCGGUACAGACGAAGAUGCAUUGAUUAAUAUAAUUUGUCGUCGUUCCAAUGAACAGAGACAGGAGAUACAACGUCAAUAUAAAACCCAUUUCGGCAAGGAUCUUAUUGAGGAUAUCAAAUCGGAGACUAGUGGCAAUUUCGAAAAACUACUAGUUGGACUUUUGCGUCCGAUUGUCGACUUCUAUUGUGCAGAGAUGAAUGAUGCAAUGGCCGGAAUUGGUACAGACGAGGAUGUAUUGAUAGAAAUAUUAUGCACCUUGUCGAAUGUGGAAAUACACACCAUUAAAAAUCAAUACUUGCGUUUAUAUGGCGCCCAUUUGGAAUCUGAACUAAAGUCGGAGACUUCUGGUAACUUCAAACGUUUGCUAGUCUCACUGUGUACGGCGGCACGCGAUGAGAGUGGCCAAAUUGAUCCGGUUGCCGCACAGGCUGAUGCACGUGAGUUACUCAAAGCUGGCGAAUUGCGUGUGGGUACUGAUGAGAGCAUGUUUAAUAUGAUAUUGUGCCAACGUAACUAUCAACAGUUGCGACUGAUAUUCCAAGAAUAUGAAAAAAUGACUGGACAUACAUUGGAAAAAGCCAUACGCAAGGAGUUCUCAGGUGACAUAAUGGAGGGAUUGGUUGCCAUUUACAAAUGUGUCACCCACAAAACUGAAUACUUUGCCGCCCGUUUGCACAAGAGUAUGGCUGGUAUCGGCACCAACGAUAAACAACUGAUACGGGUCGUAAUUACACGCUCCGAGAUUGAUUUGGCUGAUAUUAAAGCGCAAUUCGAGAGAAUGUAUGGCAAGAGUCUGAAAAGCUGGAUCAAGGGUGACACAUCGGGUCACUAUAAACACGCUUUAUAUGCUCUCGUUGGUGAACAACGCUCCUCCUAAGUGCCUGAAUGAACGUUCCACACACACACAUGAAUUCAUAAAAUUAUAUAUUUACAUACAUGAAAAUGUCUUAAAACUUCAAAGAAGUACAUAUACAUAUUACAUUUACAUAAUUAAUUUGUAUUAUUUUCGCGUACUUCUCAUUUUAAUAUGCUAUUCGAAUAUAUUAUAUUAUAUGUUGUAUUAUGUAUUUUGAUUCUCGUUGUUGCACACAGUUCCUUCCUCGGUGUGGUUUCAUAUUAUAAACACUCGACAAUGUACACUGCUUAAAUACAAAUUAUAAACUAAAUAAGUAUCUAUUAAAUUUAAAUAUUAUAUAUUUUAUUUUAUUAUUUUUUGUGCUAUUUCGUAUUAAAUGUAAUGAAUCUGCUGGAAAUCUCAAUUACAAAAACGCUAUAAAUUUUAUAU